UGCUUUUUUAAGUAAUGCAAGCAGCCAGCCCGGCCCGCCCGCGCCCGUCCGCAGCCGCCAGCCAGACGCGCCCAGUAUGAGGGAGAUCGUGCACAUCCAGGCCAGCCAGUGCCGCAACCAGAUCAGGGCUAAGUUCUGGGAAGUCAUCAGUGAUGAGCAUGGCAUCGACCCCAGUGGCAACUACGUGGGCGACUCGGACUUGCAGCUGGAGCGGAUGAGUGUCUACUACAACGAGGCCUCUUCUCACAAGGACGUGCCUCGGGCCAUUCUGGUUGACCUGGAACCCGGAACCAUGGACAGUGUCCGCUCAGGGGCCUUCGGACAUCUUUUCAGGCCUGACAAUUUCAUCUUUGGUCAGAGUGGGGCCGGCAACAACUGGGCUAAGGGUCACUACACGGAGGGUGUGGAGCUGGUGGAUUCGGUCCUGGAUGUCGUGCAGAAGGAGUGUAAAAACUGCGACUGCCUGCAGGGCUUCCAGCUGACCACACCCACCUACAGGGACCUCAACCACCUGGUGUCGACCACCAUGAGCAGGGUCACCACCUCCUUGCGCUUCCCGGGCCAGCUCAACGCUGACUUGCGUAAGCUGGCCGUCAACAUGGUGCCCUUCCCCCGUCUGCACUUCUUCAUGCCCCGCUUCGCCCGCCUCACAGCCCGGGGCAGCCAGCAGUACCGGGCCCUGACCGUGCCCGAGCUCACCCAGCAGAUGUUUGAUGCCAAGAACAUGAUGGCUGCCUGCGACCCACGCCAUGGCCACCACCUGACGGUGGCCACCGUGUUCCGGGGCCGCAUGUCCAUGAAGGAGGUGGACGAGCAGAUGCUGGCCAUCCAGAACAAGAACAGCAGCUACUUCGUGGAGUGGAUCCCCAACAAUGUGAAGGUGGCCGUGUGUGACAUCCCGCCCCGCGGCCUCAAGAUGUCCUCCACCUUCAUCGGCAACAGCACGGCCAUCCAGGAGCUGUUCGAGCACAUCUCCCAGCCGUUCACGGCCAUGUUCCGGCGCAAGGCCUUCCUGCACUGGUACACAGGCGAGGACACGGACGAGAUGGAGUUCACCGAGGCCGAGAGCAACCUGAACGACCCGGUGUCCGAGUACCAGCAGUACCAGGACGCCACGGCGGAGGAGAAGGGCGAGAUGUACGAAGACGACGAGGUGGAGUCGGAGGCCCAGGGCCCCAAGUGAAGCUGCUUGCAGCUGGAGUGAGAGGCAGGUGGCGUCCGGGGCCAAGGCCAGCAGUGUCUG